GUCGGCGUUCGUACCGCGUGCCGUCAUGGAUUGUGGUUGUGUUGUGAGUUGAUUGUUGAGUGUGCUGUGACGAUAUUGGUGGAAGCAUGAUGCCUCUCGCACCGACCCCUGUUAUCGCGGUGCCGUCCAAGCCGAAAAUUGGAUUUAGCAUAGACAGUAUAGUUGGUUCAGAGCGCCAGAAACACACUUCCCCACCGCUGGCAAGCCCUGGAUCGCCGUCUCCCGUUGCGUCGCCCAGAAGCCCUUCUCCCCUACCGCUGCUGAGGCCUAGCGCCUUGCCGGCUGUGUUUCCAAACCCCGAGUUAAAGAGGCUACCGUAUUUGGACGCUCAAAGCCACCAUCACCAGUUCCUGGCGCACUUCCAAGGCGCCGCGUUGGCUGCGGCUCUGGCUCACCAGCAGCAAGGGUUCGGAGCACCCAUUCCUCCUCAUCACCCACCUCACCCGGCGGCUCCAGUGCCCAGGGAGUCCUACCAGCUUUACCCGUGGUUGAUUAACAGGCACGGGAGAAUAUUUCCUCACAGAUUUCCGGGAGGUCCAGAUAUCCCCGGCUUCCUCCUGCAGCCGUUCAGAAAGCCCAAGAGGAUCAGAACUGCCUUCUCACCAUCUCAGCUCCUGAAACUGGAGCACGCCUUCGAGAAGAAUCAUUACGUAGUGGGCGCCGAAAGAAAGCAACUUGCUCAAGCGUUAAGUCUGACAGAAACGCAGGUAAAAGUGUGGUUCCAAAACAGAAGAACGAAACAUAAAAGGAUGCAGCAAGAAGAAGAAGCGAAAACUGGUAAAUCCAGUUCAUCUAGCAAUAAGCCAGAUGAAAGUCAUUUUAACAACUCCUACGACGAUGAUGAUGAAGAACUAAUCGAUAUGGACAUGGAUGAACUAAGUGAGAGUGAAAAUGAAACGUAAAACAGUGACUGGACACAAAUAUUGUAAAUAUUAGUAAUUAGGUAUAGAUAAAGCAAUUAUAAUAUGUAAUAAUUUAUUAACUGGCAAUAUUACUCCCAGCUGUGGGUAGAAGAUGAAUGUGAAUUUUUUUUGUAUAAGUAUAUAAUGUAUGGUGACCCUAAAGAGAUGAUUGAUUAAUUAUAAUGACUUAUAAGAUUUAAAUACAACACUGCAUUCGUAUGCCAUGCCUUGUGGGAAGUAGAAUUAAAUAGUAACCAUUAUCGUUUUAGCAAUUUCAUCGCCCAAUUUAUCACAAUACAAUAACCGUCACUUCAAAUGCAAGCGUGUCAUUAAAUUAACAUUACAAAAUGGCGUCGAAAACGACCUCUUGUUAGCACGUCACGACUUAUUAGAUAACAAAAUUGGCCGCAUUAUAAUAGUUUUGGUAUUAAAUUAAUUAAAAAUACCUUUGAUGCGACCCUUCAGUGAUGUGGGUAUAAUUAGACAGUUUGAUUUCAAACUAUAGAUACGGAAUAUGUUUCGGGACGCAAUAGAAAGAGAUGGAGUCGCUUUUAAUGUCAAAAUGUACGAGGUUGGAAAAAGACGCCAGAGAGAUAUAGAUGAAGAUUGUACGUCGUUUGUGGGCCUAUUAUUAAGAGGUGCGUUCAGAACCCAUAUCUUAGUUUGAGAUCGCGUUCGGUAAUUGCUCGGCUCGAAACGAAAUUGUUUAUAGUUGACGAUUGUUCUGAACAGCUAUUUGUCUAUGCGCGUCGGGAUUCGAUUAGGAUCAAUAGAUGUCUUGUUAGCUUUCACGCGCCCGAUGUUGCUCCGAUACGUUUCAAGUAUUUGUUUUAUAUCGAUAAUUCUAUCGAAGCAACAUUUUACGAAUAAGGAUACAACAAAUUUUAUUGGGCAGUGUCAGAAAAUAGAAGCGUAUUUUUAUUGUGUUGAGAAUAAAUAGUCUUUUAGAGAUAUCAAAGUUCAUGUCGGUGUAACGUAAACUAUUGUCUUCUAUAGACUUUAUAGUUAUCUUUGUAAAUUGUUUAGAAUGGAUGUUAUGACAUAUAUUAAUUGUCAGGAAAGAGAGAAUAUGAAUUCAACUUUAAAUAAAAAAGAUCUUAAAUAUUGAAUAAGAACAUACAAUAUUAUGACAUUAAAAUCUUUAGUAAUCAGGUUUCUAGUAUUUUUAAGUCGAGUAUAAUAAUAAUACUUUGUAAAGGAUUAAAGUUAGCAAUUCGGACUUCUCUACUAGACUAGACUUGCGCAACGGUUCUUAGCGUUUCGAAAGAACAGUUGAACAGUUUUGAUACGUUUUGAUACAAGAAACCAUACCUACGUUGAAAUAAUAAUUCACAAUUUGAUUAAAAGUCAUAAUAUGUAUAUAUUACGUAGACUACGUAGAUGACUUCCACAUUGUUUUGCAUACUUGCUAUCUUUCACAUUGUAUUCCUAUAGUGCUUCAAGUUCUUUCGAAAGUAUGUACUUAAAAUUUUCAUCCAGUCUCGGAGUAAUUUUAUAUCAAUAAGGCCAGUGUGGUAGCCGCGAGUGCCGCCUACAAGGGACAGUAAUUUAUAAAAGAUUUAUUUGGUAGUUUAAAAAACAUCAUGUCGUACCACCCACGUCGUCAGAGUCAAUGAAGGAAUGACCCUCCAUAAUUGGUACGAAGCACAGGCUUGUGAAAAUAAAUCGUUUAAUUUGGAAUCACAUGAGCGUGAGUACUUCGCUAUUGUUUCCUUCCAUUAAUGAUUAAUGCAUAAACAUUCCCCAUUAAAGCGGCUUAUAAACGGGCUAUAUUCUACAGCGAUAUAUGGCAACACUAUUGUUAAAUAUAGCUACACCAACAACAUAUUAAUAUAUCGUAUGGCCUAGCAAAAUAUAUCUCGACAGUAUUUGCCGCCACAAUAUAAAAAUAUAGCAUGUAGGUAAUGUAUUAUACAUUUGCGAUCUAAGAUGAGCUGUGUACCGCAGUUUACCCGCGGGUAACAUUUUUGUAAUAAAAUACCUAUUAUGGCGUAUGCGUAAGAGAUUGGGUUAAUAUAGAUUGUAUUAAAGUAUUAAAGAGGAUGUAAAUACUACGUAAUAAGAGGCGGGACUGACUAAGUAAAAAUUGAAAUUUAGUUUAGUAUGAAACGUGCAGUGAUUUGACAUAAGUUUGAAAUAGUAGUAAUUACAGUAUGGCGAUUGGCAACAAGGUAUAAUUCGGCUAAGUUUGAAAGCGAACAGUUGCUUUAAACGUAGUGGGUUUCGACUUACAAGAUUAUAUCCGUCAUCUGCCAAUCUGUCAAUGACUGCACGUUUCAUACAAUCGAUUAAAUUCUUUUAUCUUAGAGAAUUUCGUUAGGCUGCAGUUCGAUUGAUUUCGAAUUUGAUUUUCUAGUUAACGAAAUAUUUCUACUCUGUUAUUGACUCAUAUGGUAAGGCAAAGGUGCAACGCUAUGCAGCCACAAUUACACCUAGAUGACACAUAUUAUAGUAGAAAUAUUAUCCGUUUAGAAGUCAACGCUAAGAACUUGUCAGGAAUUUAAAAUGCACUUCAAAAAUAUAACAUUCUGCCAUGAAAAAUAUUAAAACGGGAUAUUCAGAAGUGCUUAAAUAUUGGACAGAUUUACACACAUACGUAGGCUAAUUCGGUAAAUUUGUAGGUACAUUGUGAAUUCAGUUUUUAUCAAGAACUAUUCAUGCAUUAUAUAUAAAAUUCAUAACUGUAAAUAAUUAUCACAAAACUAAAAAUUAAUUAUUCCCUACUUAAAAUACCAUUCCGUGGUAAGUUCAUCAGUUACAAUUAUUCAGAUAUUGCUGCACAAGGGUUGAUCUGAAAUACUGUUCAAUUAACUCGUUUCGACAUAUAACUUAAGAAAAUAUAUUUUCGCUACUUUAUCAUACAGUCAUGCCAGACACCCAACGGGAACCAGAAAUUGAGGAACAACUUUUGCCUAGUAAAGAGGUACUUAGUUUCUUCCGCUCUCAUCAACCUCCUUAUAUUUCCUCUCUUAUUCUUGGUACUCUCCUCUUUUCAGUAUAUCUGCUACCUGAUCGUGGAAUGUACGCCAAGAUGCCCUCUUUUAAGGAGGAAACAUGUUAACGUUAACCUAUGCAUGAAUUACAUGGACCAGGGAAUGAAGAUUCAAGCCACUUCGGCCUCUCUUCUACGUUAGAAGAGGGUCAAGUUUUGUUUUACCCACUAAAACCCCCCCGAAGUCAUCGAGAUCCCCUAAUAAGAAGGUUCUCCGGGAUCUUUGCAGGGCAUUUUACAGGAAAAACUUUGGCUUAUUUCAACUAUUCCCAUCAAUUCUGAAAUCGCUCUAUAAAUGCGUUCAGUAAAUCUCUCUUUUCAUACAUCUUCAUGGCCAAACUACUCUUACAAUAACUGCCACUACAGCUUCUGUACAUAUCAUUCUAUAAUCUAUUUAAACUUUUAUUUACUUUGCGUGAACUGAAAAGCACCACCUUAAUAUCACUUGAAAAGAUUAAUUCAAACCAUCGCAAGAAAUAAUUUUAGCAAACCAACUGACACAUUUUUUUUUGUUAUAUUCAGCAAUUCGAAUUCAAAAUUGAAUCAGACAUUACGUGUGGUAAGUAAGUAUCAACAGUUAAACGCCUGACUUAAUGCUUUAUUAAAACGAUUAUAAGGUUAAUUUGUGCUUUCUUUCCGUCCUUUGUUCAUUGAUUUACGAUCGACGCUCCGAUUACGAAUAUUUCGAGCUUGCACCAAUUGGACUUUACCUGGUAAUAACGCAUGUUGCUUUAAAUCGUAUUAAUAUAUGUUUAUUUACAAACCGUAUUGGAAUUUACAUCUCGUUGUACAAGUAAUAAUCUUUUGAUGGUUUUGUUUUUAAAUAAUUGAAUACGUAAGAUUUUUCGCGUGGGAUUAUAAAGUAAUAGAGCGAUUGGUUCCAUAUUGAUAUUUGUGAAAUUCUUUAAUAACAGAUACAAUACAGGCAAUUUCUCUACAUAAGAAGAAACAAAUAAGAUACUCUAAUUUUAGGUAACCUAAAUAUUCUUUAUAACAUCUUGGUAAUAACUGCUUACUAACUUUUAGAAAUGUUCUGAGAUUGACAACACCUAAAUGUCAACUCUUAAAAAAUUACUAUGUAGGUCUACACGGACUAGUAAAAAAAUAAGGACUCCGUGUCACCUUACAUAACAGUGUAGUACCAAAACAAGCCCAUUAACGUGUAAAUACAUAGCCCCACGUACACUUACUCUACUACAGGCCGAUAGGCGGCUAUUAUGAGAAUUGUCAUAGUCUGUGACAGAUCAGUUUGCGUCUCAAUAAAAUAUUUCAAAAAUGCCGUCGUGCGUCGUGAAAAAGUGUAAAAACGAUUGUUAUAGGUACUUGUGGCCAUAUAUGAUUAUUUAAGGGAGAAAAAAUUUUGUAACUAGUAUCCCCCGUAACCGCACACACACUAGCAUAACAGUGCUUCACUUGCUAAUAUCACGCCGCGGAGUGCUUCUUUUUUUACUCGUCCAUGUGUAGGUAGCUAAGUACAGCUAAAUUCAUUUGUAAAGUACUGACAACAUCACAAGGUAACUAAUAUUAUUUGAUUACACAUAUUAUUAAAAUGUAAAGUUAUUCUAGAUACGUACUUAUCGUAGUAACAUUUAUUAACCUCCUUCUGCUUAACAAUAUAUAAUGACGUCAUGGGAAACGUUGGUAAAUAUAUGACGUCGUUGACAUCGAUAAAAGAGAUAAUUAUUGUAAAAAAGUAGCAGCGCAUCGGUAAUACUCGAGGAGUAAAAGGGCCAAAGCUGAUUCGUUUUUUUUUAUUUAAUUUCCUGUUUGGAUUUUCCCACAGUAUUAUAAUUUUUGUGUAGCUUUUUUCAUUUGCCAUAAUUUUUUCUGAAUACAAAAUAAAGGGUGGGCCAUUUAGUGUUUUAAAUUUGAAUCGGUUAUAAAACAACUUCUGAUAAUAAUCAGAUUUUAUUGUUUUAUUGAUACAUUUUCGAUUGUUUUGGCUUGAACUUCCUCAAUGGCAACUUCGAUUUCACGUUUCAACGCUUCAAUUAUCUCUGGAUGGUUUACGAAACAUUUAUCCCCAAAUGUUUCCCCCCAAAAAAAACCCAAAGGGCUCAAAUCACAGCUCCGAGCUCCUAUUCAAAAUAGGUUAUGAUAUCACUUAUAUCACUUAGUCAAAAACUAACCAUUCGAAAAAGUAAAGUAAGUUUUUAAUAUUUCUCAAUUCUGUUCGAAUAUAUUGUCCCAUUUUGUUAAUGUCAAACAUAAAACUGACCUGUCAACAAAUGAAUGUCAUUCUACCUAUCAAAGUCACAGUAAUCGGUACUUCAAAUUUAAAACACUAGAUGGCCUGAAAAUUAAAAAAAAACUUAUCUUAUGUGCCUAUACUUACCAUACAAAGACCGAUAUUGCACUUAUAGUGAAUACCAGAUUGUGGAAUGUGAAUUAGGUGAUUUGAGUAUUUUAUCAUAUUCUCAAGUUUUUUUUAUUGGUGUUGUCGACAAGGCUGCGUUUAUUGAUGCAGAUACUACAUACAAACACCCUCAUUUCGAUGAUCGUUUCGAAUAAGGAUUGUUUCGUGAAAUUAGUCUUAAAUACCUCAAAGUCGGAAGCAGUCUAGAAUUUUCGUAGUAAAUUUUCCACUUGUUACAUUAAUAGGUUUUCAUUUUCAGCUCAAUUAAUCGCAAAUCAUAAUUGAUUACUGAUUUUGAUUAUGGUUUAUUCAUUAACUGUUUCCGAUUAGCGACCAUGUCGAUAUUUUAACGAUCUAUUCAGCGGACUCAAUUUUUAAUUACAUACAUCUCGAAUGCAAUUAAUUUGCUGAUUAAGCGACAUUAUUCCUUUAUUGGAAGAUUGAUUGCGCAGAAUCGAUUUUAAAGGAAUUGUACCGAUUGCACUUCGAUGUGAAUCGAAUAUUUAUCGCGUCGUCAAAGCAUUUGGGAGGCUUAUAAAUAUAUUUGUGAUUAUCUGACUUUAUUGGGAUAUCUUUAUGGAAUAUGUGUUUCAAAUUUUUAGCUGCAAUUUUCGGCUUUUGAUCUUUUAAGUUUUUAUGUGCAUUGACACGAGGAAGUACAAUUCGUUAUAAUAAUAAAUUGGACAACUUCAGAGUAGCUUUCAACAAAAUCUAGCCUAUGGACCUGCAUCUUGUGUCAUUUAUUUAAAAAUAUAUAUUUUUAUUAAAUACUUUCUUGUUUCUGCUAGUGAUAUUUUAAUAAAGCACCUGUAUCUCUAUCUUUCUUUAUCUUAUUAUAGUAUGUUAUAAGGCGUGAUUAAUUCAAAAACUUUCCCAACCUUGGGUGAAAUCGAAACUGUAAAUUUAUUGGUACCUAAAGUAUUUCUGAUCUAUUUUAUUCUUAACCCAUAAGGCAAGGCAAAGGUAUCUAUCUAUGUAGCCACAAAUGAUGAUAUGAUCUUAAAACGUAUUGUAUUUAUUUAUGUACUAUUCAGUGUCAAAGUUUUAUAAUACUUCGUAUUAUUAAAUGUAUUAAUUAGACUUUUAUCUAUGAAAUAAUUAAAUUGCGCUCAAGAAUAGAUUUAAGAGUGAUUUCUAAUAAUUUGAAAUGUAGAACUUAUUGUUGCUAGAUGAAACAAUAUUCAUCUUGAAUGACAUUUCUAAAAUAUAAAACAUCUAUUCUUGUGGUGGAAGUUUUUAGCAGCAGCAACACACGAGACUCGAAAAUGUAUAAAAACCAUAGACCAAGUAUAGUAAUUAGACUUAUUGAUAGCUUCCGUCUCACUCACAAGAGAAAAAGAAAAACUUAUGCGAGUCUUAUGUAAAGAAAUGAGAUAAAGUGAUUAGAUUUUUUGUUUCAACAUGUGUGCCGAUUUUUUCAAGGUCAGCACACCCGGUGUGCUAAACAAACUUGACAGCGCUGCACAGAAAACUUGUGAAACGUGUGAAAUAUCGACUAUAUAUUCAACAUCAGUGACAAUUUUAAGUAGAAUCGAAGGAAAUAUGGUGCGAUGUUAUGUUUUACGAUGUAAAAGUGAUAGUGAAAGAACACUUGUGUUAUAUUAUGUACCUAUAUAUAUAUAUAGGAUAUCAUCUGUCUCAUGUUGGCCACGCCAAACCGAUGUCUAGUUACUAUACUUGGUCUAGGAUAAAAACAAAGGAAGUUUUUAUUGCUUAUCAAUUAAUACGGUACCUAUUAGUAAAGUAAUAAAUAAAUGUACUAAGCGCCAAGUCUAUGAAUACAAGCAAUUAAAAAUUAAACAUAACAGCCCUCUAAAAACUUGUUCAAUGAGAAGGCAAGUCCUGUCUUUUAGAGUCUAGACAGCUGUAGCUAUUAAAGCAACCUUAUUAGGACGUUAUGUGGCAGUUCAUGUGUACUAUAAUAGCAUCUGUUUAUAUACCUAUAUUAUAACAAGAUUAAGACAUUAUUAUUAUUAAACAUAAAUAAAAUUUAAUAUAUCGCGAAGUGUUCAACAGACCGUUCUUGAUGACGGUAUAUUGAGUGGUAAUUCACGUAAUAAUUUUAUGGUAGUUCUGAGACUGUUGUGGGCAUGGUAUUUAAAUAAGUUUGUUAUACGCAUACCAACUAUUUUAGAUCAUUCCCUGUGGGUCUAAAGAUUGUUUUAAUACUUGGCUUAGUUUUUCACGUAACCCAAGAGUCCUAUACACGACUUAACUGUCAGUUUGACAGAUAGUUCGAACCAAUUUGAUCCUCGAUUUAAUGUUUUAGUUUAAGCAAGAUGAUACUAAGAGAUACUAAUAUCUCUUAUUAUAACAGGAAACUGUUUAGUUCUUCGUGAAUUUUAAAAGCCGUCAGAAUUCAGGAGGUAGGUAUUAAUGGUUUGUAUGUACCUAUGCAAUUCCUAAUACCAAUAUUGUCGUCAUACAUUAAAAUAUAUAUAUAUUAUGUUAUUUAACUGAAAUCGUUAAUCGAUUCGGUCCUGAUCGUCUUUUCGCCCUCGUGUUAUUAUUAGAUUCUUAAUUAUAGUCUUCAAAUUUGGUAUUAAAUUCGUAAUGGCCAAAAUUCAAUGACUAUGUUUUAGGUAAAUAUUAAUGUUUGGCUAUUAAAUAAAUUGAUGUUUAAUGUAUAUAGAUAUAUUUAUUUCGAUGUACUUAAUAGAUUAGGUAAAACGGUUGGAUUAUAAUUAUUAAUAGUUAAAACCAGUUUAUCGAAUUGUCAUCAAUAUGUUCUCUAAGAAACACAUGGUAAUAAGCUUGAGGUCUGUUCUGUAAUUGCCAGUUUUGAAAGUUGAACUUUCCGUGGAGUCCGUCUCAUGAAAGAAAUCCCGCAGCAUUCAAAUAUAACUAAUUUACCAUUAUUUUAUUAUGUUUAUAAGUUCAUUAAAACAAUUAAAAUAAAUUUGAUUGACUUUUGAGGAGUAAAAUCUGUAGAGACCAAAGAGUAUAUUAUAAUCACAAGGCUGUUCAUCACUAGCAAAAUUUCUUCGCAUGACUGCAGCAAGUCGUCUGCGGGUAUUCUUUCGUGAAAUGGAGCUUAGCUAUUACCGUUUAAUAUAAAUUAUUUACAUUAUAGUUUGCGUCAACAAUUUUUUUACGACAAUGACGCAAAAAGUAUGGUGUGAUCAAUCACUGUAUUGUAAUUAUAUGUGUAUAAUCAGAAAAAUGAAAGGGUUUUAUGUUUAUCAUUCUCAAAUUCUGUGUGAGCAAGUGUUAUUUGCUAACAAAAGUGUCCCAGUUAAAUGUUAAGCCAUCUAUUAGUGAUAAAUGUAGGUACCUAGUCUGGCCAUAUGUUCGGUUACAAAUAAAAAAUUAAUUUAUUUUUUAUGCUGUAAUGUUAUCUUAAUAAAACUUCUACGUAUUUAUUUGAGUCUCCACAACAAAUCAAAUUAAAUUAUAUUCGAAAUUCCGCCUUUGGCUUUAAUGCAGGGCUUUAAUUUGUCUAGCCACGAAUUUUUGGAUUGACUCACUGGGGUGGAAGGACAAUUUAGUCACUACUUGUUAAAGAGAUUUAGAGAGAUGACUCGAUAUCAAGGUGCCUGCUGGCCAUAAUUCCAACCUUGAAAAAAUAUGUGAAAUAGCGGGAAAAGAUCAAUACAUCAAACAUAAUAAAUACAUUCCAAAUUUGAAUUCAAAAAAUGAAAAUGAAAUUUUUUUAAGAUGUAUCAAUAUUUAUGGCCAUAUUAGUUAUAUUCGUGUGGUUAAAUCGUUCAUAUUUAUGAAAAUAACCGAAACAUUAAAUACAAAUCUGAAUAAAUUGCGCCGGCUUUAAAACAUUACGAGUGUUGCUCUAAGUUCUGAAGUGUUAUUUGCUGUUUUGUAGUUUUGUAAUAACAUUACAAAGUUCCUAAAUAUACUAAUAAAUAUUUCGCAGUCACAAGAUAAACUUUCUUAAAGCUAUAGCUGACAUUUAACCGUAAAUAACAUUACCACCAAAGAACUUCUCAAAUAUAUGUAUCUUGAAACUAUUUGUAUGAUUAUCAACAGCCUUUUUAAAAGUAAAGUUGAACGAACAUUAUUAUUGAAGCCAUAGAUAACAUGUUCUUUGCAAUCGUCGUUAUGAUUCUCUUUGGUAGUUUUCAUUGCUGGCAACACAUCCAUUCAUUAAUCAUAUAAAGAAGGCUAUGUUAUAGAGAAUACAAUACAACAUAGUUCAACCGUUAGCCAUUGUUUAUAUCAAUAUUGUUCCUUAUUGGUUACAUGCCAUAUUGUACAUAAGUAGUGUAAAUUGUAAUUAGUUGUGUAUAUAUUCGUAAGUGUGUGUGUACAUUCGGCUUGUGAGCGUAGCCUGGUUUUGUUUAAGCAUUAAUUGUAGUUAUUUAAUGAACGAGUGAUAUAAAUAUAUGUUUUUACUCAUUUA